AUGUGUGAAAAAGGCUCAAAUUUCUUGCGGAGAGCUAUUUAUCUUCCACCUCGAUCAAUGUUAUUGAUAUCUGGGGAUGGCCGAUAUGCUUUGCACCAUUACAUUCCACACCACAAGGUGGACAAAGUGAAGGACAGUGAAAUCCGGAGGUGCUCAAGGAGAGUGUCCCUUACAUUAAGCAAGAAUUCAUCGUGGGGUGCUGCCACAGCUGAUGAGAAAAUGGUUGCCAACACGGAUCAGUUGGUAGCUGGGGAACAAGUAGAGAUGAUACGGAUGAGAAAAUGGUUGCCAACACGGUCUGCAUGGAGUGCCUGA